AUGGAGGUUCUCCAAGCUGAGCUAAUCCACAUCGUAAGUGAAUUCGUUUCUUUACGUUUCCAAAUUCCUGCAAUAGAUGAGUCUUCUGACCAAGAACUUCACGCAAUUUUUGCUAUUGAUAAAAGUGGAUCUAUGAAUGGCUACCCUAUUGAAGAUGCCAGAGGCGCUGCUAGCAGCUUGGUAUCCAAAUUUCGGAAAAUGGACAUCCCAGUUACAAUCUACACUUUUAGUCACGUUUUCGAAGAAAUGAGCUCUAUUACAAGUGGCUAUGAUGAAAUGAUCAGAAAGAUUGAGCAACUAAAAGGGAGCGGAGGAACUGAGUUUAAAAACGUGAUUUUAGCAAUGAAAGAGCAUAUUUUGAAGGAAAACAUGAAAAACGUCUUUUGUGUGUGGCUCUCUGAUGGAGACGACGAUGAUGGGCUCGCGUUUUUAACCCCACUUAUGGAGGAAUUUAAAGCACAGAUGGAAGAAGCAAAAGUGUCUAUUGCGGUUCACUGUAUUGGGUUUGAUGAGUACCAUAACGCUGACCUGCUAACUAGACUGUCAAAUAGUGGGACAAGGCCAGGAACUUUUCAGUAUGUUCCUGAUGGCGGACGUAUCCCGGUGGCUGUCAACAAUGUCUAUAAUUUAGCUUUUGAGCUGUCAAUAUGGGGCAAAGUGUACGCAGAAGACCAAUUAUACCAAAUUCUUGUCCAAGAAAAUCUCAGUACUGGAAAACCUGAAGGGAUGAUUUAUAUGUCAGAAAAUCAUUUAGGAGAAUGCUCAGCAGAGCUCCAUCAAGGAAGCCGUGUUAAAAAUUUCCAAAUUGAAACAAUAAGGAGCGAUGAAUUUAACCUUAAAGAAGCCAUCGAUUUAUUAUUAUCUUUUCUCAGCACAAAGGUGCUAAAAACACUGGAGACUGGCACCGCAGGAUCAAGACUGAGACUUACUCCCCCCUCCUUGAGCGAACAAAAGCAUUUGAAAAUUUCCCUAGUUUUUGCCUAAAAAUCUACCGAUUAAAAAGUUUUGAUGUAUAAGUGAUUAUUAGUAUAGUGAUAAAUUUUACAAAUAUUGCGAUUUUUAAAAAAAAUAAUUAAAAAAAAAUCAACCACUAGUGAACAAAUUUUUUUUGUUUUUAGUGAGGGAGAAGUUAGAGAAAUGGAGAAUCUGAUCGAUGAGGCUGAAAGGAGACUUAACGAUUUAUACACACAAUCACAGUUCUUUUCGCCUCUUUGGAUGAUGCAGAUAACUCCGUUUUAUAAUGCAGGUGUAGAAUUGAUUGGGAAGUUCAGAGAAUUAACUGAAGGUGAUGGGAAUGACUUGGAAAAUCUUGACGUGGCAAAUCUUUCAGCUGUAGCUAUUAAAAUAAUUAAAUAUUAGGGCUCUUCCUCCUUCUUCGUCUCACCCAAGCUGAGGCUUCAUUGAAGACAGUUCAGCUGCUAGCGAACCUCCUUUGGGUAUGUCAGCAUUUCCUCCAGAGAUAGUUCUUUUUCUCUGGCUUUCUGCCUGGUUCUUGAUCUGUCUCGCAAGGCUUGGGAUUUGAUGGCUGCUGCUUGAGUGACUAGAGUUCCGGAGAUAAAAUCCUUAGCUCGCAUCGGUACCAAGUAUGUCUUCGUAAUCGGCACGAGUGAUCUCUAGGGGUAAAACCCUUUUUUUCCCCAAAUAUCCAUCGGGAAGAAACAAAGUCUUCAUUGCUAGACGAGGGAGGCAAAACCCAGCCAGAACCCAAAUGCCCAGCACCUGUAGGUUCUGCUUCCUGCUCGGUUCGGCUUCAUGCCUCAGCAAGGUCUUAAAACUCGAAGCAAAUCCAGGAGAGGACAGACAGGUGACACCGCCGCUCUAUUUGUGUUUCUUGGAGCUGUAGCCAAUGCAAUACAGCUGAAGAAGAAUUUAGAAGUGAAAAUAAUUAAAGAGAAUAAAGACGCCUAUUUCGAAUUCCAACUUGCUGAAGCUAAUAUAAAUAAAGCCAAAGGAACAGUCAGCACUGAACAUUUACGAGAUAAGAAAAGGAUAUCUAAUUUAGAAUGCAAAAUAUCAGGCUCCAAUAUUUUCGAUUUAAUUUCCAAAGGAGACUGCUUAUGCGCCACUUUUUGUGUCCAAAGGCCUCAAAAUUUAUCAAGAGACCCUUAUGGGAUCGCAGUAACCGGAGUUUCAGCUGACCUGAUUUCUUUCGACUCUUUUAUAGAGUCUGAUUUAUUCACCACAAAAGCAGGACAAAUCAUUCAGGGACGCACCGGCUAUAGGCAUGGAGAAAUGCCUCCUCCAGCUUCUCAAGCCUGUGAAAAUUUGUCAGAUUUCCCUAUUAACGCACUAAUGCCUCUUUAUUUGUGUGAAGAGCAUUGGUAUAUAUCAAAAAAUCGAAUAAAAUCUGCCUUAGGAUUUACAACACAGGUUGAUGUUUUUGGGUACAGUCCAGAACAGCUCGCUAUAAUUCCUUAUAUGCUGCUAAUAAAGACAAGAGAAAGCGAUGGCCUGCCUAGAGAAAUCAUAGGAUUUAUCAAGGAAGUCUGUCUUCAGAUAUAUAUUGAUAAUAGAGAAACAUAUUUUGAAGCCUUCAGCAAACUGCUAUUACUGUAUAUAAGUGAUCCAGCCUCAAGGCUACCUGAAAAUAUCCCAAAUUCCAAGGUUUUCUUAUGCCAAAUUUCAAUUGCUAUGGAAGCAGGCGAUCUAGCUGAGUAUAAAGACAUCUUCAAGCUUAUUGUUGAAGAAGAAAUCAGACGAGAAUUUUCAAGAAACGCUAAAAAUUUCAGUGAACUAUGCAAAGAGCUUCUUGAAAUCAGCACUGAAAGUCAGCUCAAAGCAUUAGGGGAAAGUCUUAAUAAGCCGAACGCUUCAUAUGCUGAAAUCUAUAGCUCAUUUGCCAGAGAUUUCAAGGAAAAAGGAAAAGCAAUGGAAAUCGAAAAAUUCAAUUUUUCAGACCGAAUUGAAGUUUUAAGCCCGUUUGCAGAUGAGUCAUGGGGGAAAGUCAAUGCUUUCUUACACACAAGCAAUUUAAAAUCCGAGCUUUCCUAUGCUGGAAUUGAUGUAAACUCUUUGGAGGAUCUUGGAAUUAUCACAAAUGAGCAGAAACUUGCAUUUUUAAUUGAAUGCUUUGGGCAUACAGAUGAGAUUAGAAAAGUCUCGAUUGAAAAAGGAGAGAUUGCCAAUGUUUUUAGCCCUGAUGAGUGUCUUGUUUUUAUCCAAAAAACUUAUUCAGGCACAGUAAAUCGUGAGCUUGCUGCAAAUAAGUCAAAAAUCUUAUAUGAGCUGCAAAUAAAAGAAGGAAAAGAAAGGGCAGAAACUUUUAAGAAUACUGUAGAUCUUGAAGAAGCUGCAGGGUGCCUAUAUGGGAUAUGCCAAGGCCAUCAUACUUUUAAUCUGUUUGUUGAUGCAUUAAAGCAUAAAAACGUGCCAUUAGCUUUAGAAAAAGCAAAAAUGCUGACUCACGGACACUAUCAAGGUGUAAAAUUGGUCAUGGACAAGAACUAUGGCGACGGCUAUGCUUUGUGGACCCCAAAUAAGAAGACAUUCCAUAAGAUCUGGAAAAAUAACAUGGAGUCAGGGACUAUGGAGCAGUGAAAAGAAGCGUUUCCUACAAAAAGUGAACAUAUAGAAAAGCAAUAUAGGAGAAUGGCUGGAGAAUUUGUCCCUUACUCAAAACCGAAAAAAAAUGUGGUUGAUCCGAGGCACUGGGAGAUGAAGAAUAAAGAGCAAAAAGUGCCAAGGCCGAAAGCAGUCGGAAAUAAGAGGAAAAAUUUGGUGAAAAAAAGGAAAAUUGACAAUAGGAAAAAGAAAAGAGCACCUGGAAGGAGGGCUCAUGAAAGAGUUGAAUAUGCGCCAGCACAGCCUCAAAAUAAAGGCUUAUUUGACAGGUGCAGGCCAUUUUAA